GUUCACCACUUGAUGUCGCGCUGAUAGUUCAGUGUAACGCUCUUAAAGUUGGAUUUUGAUUUGUUAUUUAUCGAAGAAGAGAGUAAUUAAGGAUUAAUUUGUUAAUAAUAAUGAAGUUUGCGCUUAUAUAUUUUUUUCAUAAUAAUGCAAUUGAAAUUUGUCGUAGUGAUUCGAUAUUGGGUUACGAAAAUGAAGAAAACCCAUUAAUACGUGUUAACGAAAUUGUAAGAGUUUGGUGUAGGCCUAGGCAGAAGAGAAAAAGUAGUAGUAAUACUAAUAGUAAUAGUAGUUUAGAAGCCGAAAAUAAUAAAUGUGUUGAGCUAGACAUUAACACUACUACUAGUAGCAACAGCACAUCUAACGUUAGGAUUGAGAACGUUUCAACAUUUGCAGCAAAAGUCCUAGCGGUAGCAGAUACAAGAGAAGUACUACUACAUGUUGACGUUAGUGAAGAUAUUUUGGGUGGAGGUGCCCUUUCUGGAUCCAUUGAUGAAUCUUGUAAGAAGAAAACCUGUCUUGAUGAAGAUAUAUCAGAAAGAAAGCUUGACACCAAAUAUGACCUGAAAGAUAUAAAAGUAGAAAUAGAAACCAAAUAUGCAUGUGACAAUAGUUUUAAAACAAAUUUACUUUCCAACUCUGUAUAUGAAAUAUUUGACAGUGGGGAAGAAAAUUUGAGAAGUGGUGCUCUUUCUGGAUCCACUGAUGAAGCUUGUAAGAAGGAAACCUGUCUUGAUGAAGAUACAUCAGAAAGAAAGCUUGACACCAAAUAUGACCUGAAAGAUUUAAAAGUAGAAAUAGAAACCAAAUAUGCUUGUGACAAUAGUUUUAAAACAAAUUUACUUUCCAACUCUGUAUGUGAAAUAUUUGACAGUAAAGAAGAAAAUUCUGACUCUAAAUCUAUGAUGGAAAUCGUUAAAACAGAAGAAAGUUGUGUAUCUGCUUUAUCACAGGAUGAAGUUUUACAUAAGAAAGAAGAAACUGAGACAACAAAAGAUAAGGAGUCAGCAGCUGAUAGCUUUAUCUCAAGAAAAAGGUGUAAAGAAAGUAGGAUUCAGACCAUGUUUAUGAAGGAAGGAAAAAAGAAAACGUCACAUGGUGAAGAACCCACAAUGCAAUCAAGUGUAUCAAAGACCCAAACAAGCAUUCAGUUGUUGAGAGAGAAAGAAGAUGCUAGAGAUUGCUCUAAUAAAACUAGCGUUUCCAUGAACGACACGAACAAAACAGAAGGUAGGAAACUAAGAACGCGCCACAAGGUUUACACUGAAAACAAGAGUGAUGAUGAGGAGGAACGGUUGAGUUGUGGUGAGUGUGGUAAAGACUAUAAAAAUAAGAAGCAGUUAAGGAGACAUCUGUUGAUCCACAAAAGAACUAAACUUUUGAGCUGUGGUGAGGAGGAACGGUUGAAAUGUGAUGAGUGUGGUAAAGACUAUAAAAAUAAGAAGCAGUUAAAGAGACAUCUGUUGAUCCACAAAAGAACUAAACUUUUGAGCUGUGGUGAGGAGGAACGGUUGAAAUGUGAUGAGUGUGGUAAAGACUUUAUAAAUAAGAAAUCGUUAUGGAAUCAUCAGUUAAUCCACAGAAAAAGUAAACUUUUCAGCUGUAACGUUUGUGGCCGAGCAUUUAAGUUGUUGCCUUACCUUAAAAACCAUUCUGUUAUCCACAGGAAAAAAAAACCAUACUGUUGUGAUGUGUGUGGCAGGAGAUUUGCACAGAAAUUUGCCUUAAUAAGUCACAGAAAAAUCCACACUGGAGAGAAACCUUAUGAAUGCAACAUCUGUCACAAAAAGUUUCGACAGAAUACAAAUUUAAAAUGUCACAUAAUGAUUCACACUGGCGAGAAACCAUACAGUUGUAAUGUGUGUGACAAAGCUUAUAGAUCACAUUCACAUUUAAAAUCACACAAGUUGACUCAUAAAGGUGAGAAACCAUUCAAAUGUGAUGUCUGUGGUAAAAAAUUUACAAGAGUUUUUGUCUUAAGACAACAUCAGCUGGUUCACACUGGUGAGAAACCAUAUGGUUGUGAUGUCUGCAAAAAAACAUUUAGGCAAAAAGCUCACUUACGAUCUCACUUAUUACGUCAUAAAAAUGAGAAAUAAAUAAUGAAUAUUGAGGUAUCCUUGGAGGGAAACUGAGUUGGUUUUGAUAAUUAGGAGGAACUUAAAAUCAAGUACAGGAAAUUAAAAGUCGUGUAAUUGUUAUAAAUUAAGUCUAAAAUUCCAGUGUCCUAAGGUGGUGAACAGCCAAAACCAAGAUUUUUUAUUUUUGUUCAUCAUCAUCUUUCUUCAAGAGGCCUAGUGCUUAACCUGGUUCUAGCAGUAACUAUAAUUUUAUCUUUUGAUAGAGCAAAACAGUCUUCACGAUCCUUAACUAUCUAUUUUAUUAUUCUAUGCAAAAUUUUUAUAGAUUUAGAAUAUAUACACUAUAACCUUGUAAUCCACUUAUGCCAUCUUAUAAAAAAAAAUGUAAACAAACAAGUAUUAGGAAAAAGAUUUAUCGCUAAAUGAAAAAGCUAUGUAGUCCUGGCUACUGAACUUAUAAAAAGGGAACCAAACAAGAUAGAAAUGGAAGUGGACGUAUCCCUAGGUAGCAAACUAAGCUGUCUCGACUUUACGUGCAGAAUACAAAACCCUACAAUACUGGCUUUCUCACUGGUAAAACAAAUAGAACCAUAAUUUUCUCGACUUUACGUGCAGAAUACAAAACCCUACAAUACUGGCUUUCUCACUGGUAAAACAGAUAGAACCAUAAUUUUCAAUCGUAAAAUGCUACUCAAUUUUAAAUUAACCAUAAAAGUAGUAUUUUAAAGUUAAUUAAAGGAAAAAUAUAAUGACAAAAGCUUAGAUUAUGUUCAAACACCAAGUUAGGAAGCCAAUAAUGUGGGAAUUUUAUUCUCCAUGUAAAGACAAGAUAACAUAGUUUGUUACGUGAUCAUUAGCCAGAUCUAGUGAUAUGUCCACUUCUAUCUUCUUCCGUUUCAGUAGCCAGCCCUACAUACCUUUUUUUAUUUAGGUUUUUUUUUUCGUAAUAUUUGUAUAUAUUUAUAUAGCAACUUGUUAAACUUUGAAAAGAUUAUCUGUCUUUAUAAUGUCUUUUAUAAAUCGUGAAUGUUUAUAGAUUGUGUGAUUCACCUACUAAUAGUGAUUGUUACUUAUAUAUGAUUUAAAUGUUAUUAGGAAAUGUUUUAUUAUUAUGAUAGGUUCCCUGUAAAUUAUAAAAGCCAGUGUGUUGUAGUUUAGUUAUAAUAUUAUUUUGUAUUCUUUAUUUUUUCUUUGAAAUUGUCUUGUAUCACAGUUCUCAUAAUACCAGUAAAUGGUCAUCUAUUGUAAACUGAUUCUAUUCAGUUUUGUUAUAUGUCUUUAAAACAUCUAGAUUUUCAGGUGUUCCGACUUUUUAGUGUUCAGCUAUGACUCUUUAAAACUGACCACAUCCUUUCAAGACUGCUAGAGGUGGUUGUGGAUCAUGUAUUUGUGACAACAGUAUGAAGGAAUCUGGAGAUUCAUUUGUCCAUCGUUUGGAGAACAGUGUUACACUUGCUGUUUGAACAAGGAGAAACACAGUUUAAGAGUACUAUGGCAUUAGCCCCGAGUUCAUAUAAAUGUACUUUUUUAAAACAUUGUAUAGUAUAAAAAGAAAAGAAAAAUCCAUAAUUUAUUUUUCUAAAA